ACAUAAAAACUUGAUAUUUCACAUUCAAUAAUCGAAAAUGAAAAAAAAAACCAUAUGGAAGUUAGCAUCCUUAUUUCCUAAGUGCAAUACAAUUUGAUUAGAUAGAAAUUCGUUUUUAGCAAUUCAAUUAUCUAUGUUGUUUUACAUAGAAAAGAAAAUCCUUAAAUAGAAAAGCUUUGAUAAUCUAAGAUAAAAGAGAGUCGAAAUAUACCAAAGGGAUGUUCAAACUCAUAAGUCGAAAUCAUACCUACAAUGCCAUGGCAAAAAAAAAACGAAUAAUGACGAAAAAAAAACAACAGUACACAAAACACAACAUAAAAAACAAAAGACUGAGCAACUCGAACCCCAUCAAAAACUGGUGGUCAUCUCAGGUGCUCUGUAAAGGUAAACAGAUCCUGCUCCACAUGUUGCACUUGUCAUCCAACAUAAAUAUUUAAAACAUUGGUUCUAGCGAAUGAGAUAGAGUUAAGCAAAUUAUAUCGCUUUAAAUGGACAAUACAGUAAUAUUAUCACUAGAGGUUUAUUUCAUUUAAAUAAGACAAAAAGGUUUACUUGAGGUUCACUCGAUUGGUUUUAUCUAUUAUAAAUGCAACGCCAUAGAACAUCAUUCGUUUGGCUGUUUAGCGUUUAAUAGCUUGUUGCAAGGCGAAUUUCUGUUCACAAACCAUCCUAUUUAAUAUACUUUCAUUUUCCCACCUUUCAUCUCUGGCGAACGUCUUUUCGUAAGCCAAUCGUUCAGAUGUAUUAUUUAUUUUGUCUUGUCUAACAUGUGAAUAUUUGCAACCGGAAAAACAACAAUCAAUCAAUAACAUAUUGUCUAUAUUAAAAGUCAAUCUCUAUGGGAAUGUUAUUAGAAGAUGUCAGAGGUCAGACACUACCAGCAGUAGAAGUGUUCUCAUUGUCUAUCCAAGCGCUUAAAGAUCACAUGAUGCAAACUCUAUUGGUGAAGAACAUCAAAUUAGACGAUGACACGAACUGGAUAUUAACAGUACCCGCGAUAUGGUCUGAUACAGCGAAACUGUUUAUGAGAAAAGGUGCUGAAAUGGCUGGAAUAGCAGAGGACAAGUUAACUUUGGCCUUAGAACCUGAAGCUGCAUCAAUAUAUUGUCAAACAUAUCCACCACCAGGCAGCUUAGACAUAGUUAAUACUGAUUGCCAAUAUCUGGUCGUAGAUCUUGGGGGAGGCACUGUAGACAUAACAGCUCAUGAAAAGCUUCCGGAUGGGACAUUGAAAGAACUAUCGAAAGCUUCUGGCAAUAACUGUGGCGGAACGUCUGUUGAUAAAGAGUUUUUGCAGAUGAUGGAAGACAUAUUUGGACAUCAAGUGAUAGACAAGUUAAAACGGGAAUUCCCCGAUUCUUAUUUAAGUUUGAUAAGAUGUUUUGAAAACGUUAAAAGAACUGUAACACCAGAUAAAUCCGGAUUAGUCAAUGUGUCUAUUCCAAAUAUAGUUUUAGAUAAUCUCUGUAAAUCGGAAUAUCUGAAGAAAAUUGAGGAAGUCGUAGCAUCAUGUCCAAUAGCUUCUAGUAUACAAUUGAAGAAUGACAAAUUGCGAAUAGAGGCAAAAUUUACUAAAUCGCUAUUUAAACCUACAAUAAACGGUAUUAUUAGUUUGAUCAAGGCUGUGUUAGACGAAAACAAAAGUAAAAAUAUCUCACAUAUCUUAUUGGUUGGAGGAUUCGGUGAGUGUGCUUUAAUACAGGAGGCAGUGAAAUCUGCUUUUCCGGACCGAUAUGUUAUUGUACCAGAAGAAGCAGGUUUGGCUGUUCUUAAAGGAGCUGUUUUAUUUAGAUAUCAACUAAAUGCAAUAUCCUCUCGCGUAACAAGAUGCACCUACGGUGUGGAAAUUGUGAGAUCCUUUGAUCCGUUGACAGACGAAUUCCAUAGAAGGGUUUAUAAAGAUGGAAAACCCCAUUGUGAGAACAUUUUUUACACUUUUAUGCAGGCAAAUAGAUCAAUUCCAAUAGGAAUGAAGAUAAGGCAGACAUUUACUACGUCCAAAGAGUACCAAUAUGCACAUAGACUGCCUAUAUAUUACACACAUCAGGAUAAUGUACAAUUUACAGACGAUGGAACAUGCAUUAAGCUUGGUGUCGUAGAAGUGGAAAUUCCUAAUCCUACAAAACAUUUACGAGAAGUCACUAUCAUUUUUCAUUUUGGAGAAACAGAACUGAAUAUAACUGCUAUUGAUAAAGAAUCAGGAAAAGAUUGCCAAACAUCUUUUACAAUUUAUGAUUUUAUCUAGAAUAAAUAUAAUUUUAUAAUA